CGGCAUCGGUCGACCACACCAUGUCCGGCGGCGACAAGGCACCGCGCGUUGUGGAGGACUUGUUCGGCAUCGUCCAGAUCCUCAGCGACGGCACCAUUGUACGCGGUGAUGAGGCCGUCCUCCGCCAAAACGCGACGUACCCGGACGUCCCCGGCGUGCAGUGGAAAGACGUCGUGUACCACGCGGUGCACGGCCUGAGGGCCCGCGUGUACAGGCCGGCGUCCUCGCCGCCGCUGGCCGGUAGCAGCAGCAAGCUCCCGGUGCUGGUGUACUUUCACGGCGGAGGCUACUGCAUCGGAUCCUACGCGCAGCCACCCUUCCACUCCUUCUGCCUCCGCGCCGCCGCCGAGCUCCCGGCCGUCGUCCUCUCCGUCCAGUACCGCCUCGCCCCCGAGCACCGCCUCCCCGCCGCCAUCGAGGACGGCGCCUAUUUCCUGUCCUGGCUGCGCGCCCAGUCUGAGCUCGCCGCUGACCCGUGGCUCGCGGAGUCGGCCGACUUCGCAAGGACGUUCGUCUCCGGCGUAUCAGCCGGCGCCAACCUGGCACACCACGUCACCGUCCAGCUCGCGCCCGCGCAGCUCGCGGUCAGCCCAGUACGCGUCGUCGGGUACGUCCUCCUCUCCGCGUUCUUUGGCAGCGCCGAGCGCACGGCGGCGGAGGUUGACCCGCCGCCGGAUGUGUCCCUGACGGUCGACAUGUCCGACCAGCUCUGGUACAUGUCGCUGCCGGUCGGGGCGACCAGGGACCACCCGGUGGCCAACCCGUUCGGCCCGGACAGCCCCAGCCUCACGGCGGUGGACCUCCCGCCGGCGCUUGUGGUGGUGCCGGGGAGCGACGUGCUCCGCGACCACGUGCGCGGGUACGCGGCGAGGCUCAAGGACAUGGGGAAGACCGUGGAGGUCGUCGAGUUCGAGGGAGAGCAGCACGGUUUCUAUGUGCUCCAGCCGUUCGGCGAGGCGGCCGACGAGUUGAUGCGAGUACUCAGGCGGUUUGUGUACGCAGCUCACAGCGCCUGAGCUGUGAUAGCUGUGCUUUCUGACGCUUUGUGUUGCUGCUUGUUUCAGUUUUACAUUGAAAUCCAGCUACUGAAGCAUUUUCGUGCUUCUCAAAAUAAAACGAGUAGAGCUGUAGUAACAUUGGCAGAAACUUUUGAUUCAUCACGGCAGCGUAGAUGCCUUCGGAUCAAGUUAAUUUAUCACGACCAAUUUUCAGUUUAUCUCAGCAAACCAUCAAUUUUCUAUACCAAUUCAUAUGUAACAAUUUCUCGUCCUCUCGUAACAGUUUCAGAAAGGUCCUGUCUGAAAUUCUGAACAGCU